UUCCUAUCUUAUUUUGCGCUCAUAACAAAUCUAAUCAAAUUCAUUCAAUAAAUACCAUCCUCAUCUUCAUCUUCUUCCUCUAUUUCUAAAGAUCCUCCAAUUUCUUCACCCACUUCUUUCAAAAUCCCUAAUUCGAUUCAAUUUUGGAGUCACUGAAUCAGCCUUCAUUAUUAUCUGAUCUUGAUCAUGGGAGGUGGAAAGGAGCAUGAUGAGAAAGGGUUGUUUUCACACCUUGCUCAAGGGGCAGCAUCAAGUUAUGCUCACUCACAUGGACAUCAUGGAGGAUACCCUCCUCAAGGGUACCCUCCCCCUGUUGGAUAUGGUGCCUACCCUCCAGGACAACACGGUUACCCUCCCGCCCACGGUUACCCCCCUGCCGGUUACCCUCCUCCCGGUGGCUAUCCUCCUCCUGGUGGUUAUCCACCAGCUGGUUAUCCUAAUCCACAUGGGCAUAGUCACCACAGCGGCAGCGGGAUGGGAGGAUUGCUUGCUGGAGGUGCUGCCGCUGCGGCUGCCGCAUAUGGCGCCCACCAUCUUUCUCACGGCCACCAUAGCGGACACAUGGGCUACAUGGGACACAUGGGACACAUGGGACAUGGGAAAUUCAAGCAUGGCAAGUUCAAGCAUGGAAAGUUCGGCAAGCAUGGGAAAUAUAAGCGUGGCAAGUUUGGUAAAAUGUUCAAGAAGUGGAAGUAGUUCUAUCUUCUAUGUAGAAUAAUACCCUAUCUACUACUAUGCUUUAUAUAUAUAGCUUCUAUAAAUAAUUAAAUAUUAAAUAAACGACAACUUGUGUCGAGCUCUUGAAUGGUUUGCAAGAGUUUGGGUUACGCCAAGAUAAAUUAUAUUAGUUUAUAUUGGAGAAAUUAGAUAGAAUUUAAAGAUGAACAUGAAUUUGAUAUCAAACCAUGUUGGUCGCGUUAAAUUGAAGGUGAAAAUGCAGUGUAGUUUUUGUGUGA